UAGCGCAUACCAAAGGGCCAAUAAUAUCUCCGGUUCUUGAUUAGCAAAGCGUAGCAAUGGCGAAGCGUCUGGAUGUCGCGCUCCUGCUGCUGCUGGUGGUGAUGGUGCUCGCGUCCUGCGACGGGAGGGAGCUGAAAGGGAAUGGCGGCGCCGGUGGCGGCGUCGACGAGGUGAAGGAUGUGGUGCCCAGGUUGCCGACGCUGCCGCCUCUGGUACCACUACCCAAACUGCCGCUGCCGCUGCCGCCCGUGGUCCCUGGGAUCCCUCCGGCUGCUCGCGGCUCUGCCGACAGCAAUAAGUCUCCAUGAUGAUGCACCUGCAGCUGAUCAACUUGUCGUCGUCGUAGACUUCUAGCAAGCUAGCACCGGCCGGAAGCAGAACAUCGGUCGGCGUUCCGCUGACGUCCGUGCGCCUUGAUCUGUAGCAAUUAUAUGUCCGCCAUGUUUCCUUUCAGUUCAUGUUCAGGUUCUUGUUC